AUGAAGUGGGACUUCGCGAUCAACGUGCUGGUCGUCUCGCGUAUAGCUGUGGCGCAGCAGAUCUACGAUGUGUGGCAGACGAAGUGGGACCGAACGUCGCUACUCUCCUCAGUCGGCAGCGCCAAUCCCGUGAACUUUACCGCUGCGGGAGGCGCGAAGUCGGCCGACAUCGUCGUCCACGACAACCAGGUCUACCAGCCCAUCUAUGGCUUCGGCGGUUCGCUCACUGAUUCUGCGGCGCUCACCCUCAACAACCUCAAGAACAGGAAUAGCAACAACUACUGGAACCUUCUCCGUUACCUUUUCGACCCUGCUGACGGCGCGAACGCGGCGGGGUUGAGUUAUGUCAGAGUGCCCUUGGGCGCCUCGGAUUUCUCUGCCGGCCUCUAUAGCUUUGAUGACGUGAACGGCGAUACAUCCUUCACCAACUUCAACAUCAACCGCGCGCCCUCCUAUCUUUUCUCUGUCCUCCGCGAUAUCCAGUCCGUCAACCGCUACCUCAAGGUCCACGUCGUCCCCUGGUCACCGCCCGGCUGGAUGAAGAACACCGGCACGAUGAACGGCGGCUCCCUCAAGGCCCAAUACCUCACCCCGUACGCCACGUAUCUCCUCAAGUGCCUGCAGGGUUUCAAGAGCCAGGGAAUCAACCUCCAUGCGAUCUCCAUUCAGAACGAGCCGCAGAAUAGCAACCCGACGUAUCCGACGGCGGUGUUCACGCCGGCGCAGGAGGCGCAAGUGGGCAAUGCGCUGAGGGCGUUGAUGAAUAACAAUGGCUUUGGGGGUGUCAAGCUUGUCGGUUACGAGCACAAUUGGGACACCGCGGCGGCGUACCCCGUCACCCUCAUCAAUGAUGCGCCGAACGCGUUCGCGGGAGUCGCUUUCCAUUGUUAUGCGGGGAACGUAGGCCAGAUGGACAGCUUCCACAAUGCCCACCCUAACAAGGAGAUAUACUUCACUGAAUGCGCUGGACUGGUCGGCAGCGACUGGUGGAGCGACAUCAAGUGGUACACGGACAACAUCUUCAUCGGCGGCGUCAACCACAACGCAGCCACAGGCCUAAUGUGGAACAUCGCCCUCGACGGCAACGGCAACCCCAAGCUUCCAAACACCAACAGCUGCGGUGGACCCGGCUGCCGCGCCAUCGCGCAGGUCAACUCAGAUGGAUCGUGGAGUGUCAACCAGGAAUUCUAUGCCAUGGCCCACGUCUCGAAGGCGACGAUCCCAAAGGACGUUGGCGGCCCUAUGGGGCGCCGUAUCGGGACAACCGUCAGCGGCAGCCUCGGCUGGGGCCUUGUCACCACCGGCUUCGUUACCGAGCGCGUCAACAAGGCGGACUGGCAGCGCUACUCGCUAGUUGUCUUGAACUACGCCGAUAAUACGAACGGCGCCUGGAACCCUCAGCCGAUACAGACGACGAUCAAGUUCCGCGGCAAGCAGGCGACCUACACGUUCCCCGUGGGCGUCACGACACUCUGGUGGUAUGCUGCGAACCCGUCGGCCAAGGACGCGGCCGGCACUGAGGGUCUCAACGCGACUACAAUUCAUGGAUUCAACGCGACCGCAGUCGAUGGGAUGAACGCGGGUAAUGAGACCGUACCCACCAACGAAACGGUCAGCGUGAGCGCUAUCGAAGCGUCUAGGCGGCGAGAGGAGCCGUUCGUGUACAGGCUACCGCGGCAGACCUUUGCACCUGCGCAGUGA